AUGGAAGUGGAAACAUCCAGCAUGCACUUGGAGCUGCAGGAGCAGCAUCAGACCCUCACCGAGAUCUCUGACGACGAAGUCAACCUGCCACCGUCGGAUGAUGAGGAAUCUGGUGCCGCCAAGGAACGUUCGUCGGUAGCGCUAGCCAUCUCCGAGGGCGACCAGGACGAAAAGGAAGAGGAUAAAGCGGGCGCCCAGGUGAACGGUGUUAUGGUCCUGGCUUUAUUGGACAAGAUCAUCGGGGCUGUGGACCAGAUCCAACAGACGCAGAGUGGCCUGGAGGCUCGGCAGCAGGACAUGGAGCGAUCAGUGACGGGGAUCCAGGGCGAGCUCACCAAACUGACCAAGAGCCACAGCACCACGUCCAACUCAGUCAACAAGAUGCUGGAGAAGGUGCGCAAGGUGAGCGUCAAUGUGAAGACAGUGCGUGCCAACCUGGAGAAGCAAGGGGGUCAGAUCAAGAGGCUGGAGAGCAACGAGAACGAGCUGCUGAAGAGACGUAACUUCAAAGUCAUGAUCUACCAGGUGAGCGGGGGGUGAAGGUGUGUGGGUGAUGUUGGGGAUGUGGAUGUGGAGUUGGGAUGGGAUGGAGGUGUGUGGGUGGUGGGUUGAGGGGUGUGUGUGGAUGUGUGUGUGGAUGGGGGGAGGUGUGUGGGGUGAUGUGUGAGUUGGUUGAGGGGGGAAUUGGGCACGGCACGCCCGCUUGACACCGGGAUGGGUGAGGAUUGGGGAUUAUCAUGAGGGUACUGGACUAGGGGUGGAUGGCAAACAGACAAACAAUUUGAACUUGGUGAAAAGGUUAAUGCUCAAUUGACAGGUAUUUUUUGCAGAUGAUAGUUUGCAUAUUACCCGGCUGAGUGUGUACUGGCUAGGGAGAGGAGUUUGGGGUGUGGCUCACCUCAAGGCAUCAUUGGCAAGUGCCCAAAUGACAGCUUGUUCUUUAAUAUGGAUGUACUCCCAAGUCAAACAUGCCAUUCAAAAAUAAGUAUAUUUCACAUCACACAUCACUAUGUUUAUAGGACACAAUUGCCGGAUGAAAGCAAUCAAUCAAGUCGGGGGAAAAAAUCUAUAUUUGAACUUGAACUCAAACUUCAAUCAGAUUCAUAUAAUUCAAAAAGCGGUUUAUCCAGUACCACAUACAUUUACAAUAAUAUGUUCCACUGUGUCAUAUUUCUACGCAAUAUAUGUUUCAUUGUUUUGGUAUACCUUGGGUGAUCUAGGAUUAUAUCAUACUGUACCAUGUGCCACACCCUAUGGUAGAAGUAGGGUCAUCCUCACUAAUGUCCACUACCGACUACCCAUUGCUCUUGCCUUUGAUCCUAUUUGACACCCCACCGAGUUAAUACAUACAUGGCUUCCCAUGUGGAUACAGCUCACUUCUUUGGUCAUAAGGAAUCUGUAAGUCAUCCCUUUUCUAUUUUCUUUAAACAAAGAUGGAAAAUACCACGAGCACACUCGACUUCUUCGCCAAGAGAGAGGCAGGAGUGGUUGUUGGAAGGGGGGAGUGAGGAAAGUAAAGGAGAGGAAAGGAGAGGAGAGUUUGAAUGGCAGAUGUUUCAUUUGAAAAGACACUCUGUAGUUUUGCAGCGAGCGCGGGAGCACCGCGCAGGUCUUUUUUUAGCCCCGGCCAUGGUAUAAUGUGUAAUGGCUUGCAGCUUUGCACAGCGAUGUGAGAACAUUCAGAGUUUCCAUCCUCCUAAAUGACCAAGCACGGCUUGGGCAGCCCCCCUCUCUCUCUCUCUCUCUCUCUCUCUUCUCGUCCCAUCUUCUUCUUCUCCUCCAUCCUCUCUCUCUUCUCUCUCUCUCUCUCUCUCUCGUCAUCUCUCUCUCUCUCUCUCUCUCUCUCCUCUCUUCUCUCUCUCUCUCUCUUCUCGUCUCUCUUCUCUCUCUCAUCUCUCUCUCUUCUCUCUCUCUCUCUCUCGUUCUUGCUCUGUUCCCUUCCCCCCUUGCCUGUCUAUAAUAACAUGUUUUUGUCUGUGUGUGUGUGUGCUCUCGCCCAUGCGUGGGUGUGUGUGUAUGUGUUGGGUUGCCUCAUGUCACUUACUGGCAUCCAGAUGCAGAUAUGUAGAUCCUCUGAGCCAUAUUGUAGAAGUCAAUCUGUCCAUGUCUUUUUAUAACCCAGAAUAAAUCGAAUCAAAUGGGAAUGAUACACAAAUAAUCCAGGCCUACAGUACCAUGCACACACACACACACACACACACACACACACACACACACACACACACACACACACACACACACACACACACACACACACAUACACACACACACACACACACACAACAAAGAGCUGUCCACUCUCCCAUUUGUACAAGUCUUAUUUUAACUACAAAAAUGAUUCAAAUCAUAUCAUACCCAAACGAGGCAGGCAUAACAUACACAAGAGCACACAAAACAGUCUUUCUCCUCAAUUAUGUUGAGAGAUACACUGGCAACACAGGAACAUUUAAUCCACCACAGAUGAGACUGUUGCAAUGCAAAGAAGAAUACUACAUUCUUAUCGGUUGACUCAUAGGAUUACUUUUUUGGGUCUAAUUUGAUGAUUGGAUUAUUUCUCAAUCACUACCAUAAAUCAUUUGUUUAAUUAGAAAUGGAUCAAAUGGCAGGCGUAAAGCUAGUAUUGCUAUGAGCCUUCUAAAAUGAAAUAUGUGUGUGUUUGUGUGUUUGUGUGUGUUUGUGUUUGUGUUUGUAUUUGUGUGUAAGAAUAAAUUCUGGGCUCUGUGGUGUAGAAGAGACAAAUGUGACAUAUCAUCAUAUUCAUCUCCAUUAAAAACACCAACCACAACAUAUUCUGUUUUCUGUUUUGUACUACUUCUCUUAGAGACAUCAAGGUCAAAUCCCCCCCCCCCUCCCCCACACACACACACACAGACACACACACACACACACACACUAACACACAUCCAUGAAUGCUAUCAAUGUUUUUGCUACUUUGGGGUGCAUGAAUACUGGAUACAGUACGCAGAUAAUAGCUUUUUGGAGCAUUCCAUUUGGAGGCUAUUUGGAGGGGAGGAUACUGUUGGUGAUGAAUUUCUAUCUCACCCUGCCAAAUAGUGUUAGGUGGUUCCAAUGGCAAGAUGUGUACACUUUCACUAAGAGGGAGAGUCCACUAGGUGAUGUAUGAGAGGGGAGAUGGAAUAGAGUGGGAAAAAACCCCAUAACUUACGCUAGUUGGUUUCAACCCUUCCCGGUGAUUGAUACUCAGGGUGUGGUUCUUUGGGCUUUGUUUAUUCGUUCCAGCCAGUGAGUGGUACUGUGUGUAUCAGUGAUGUAGAGGUCAAGCUAGAGACAUAGAAUGUAGCGUGGAGAUGCCUAUUCUUACACAACACUAGGGAUGCGUCCCAAAUGGCACCCUAUUCCCUAUAUAGUACAGUACUUUUAACCAGGGCCCAUAGCGAAUAGGGUGCCAUUUGGAACGCAGCCCAGGAGUCAACAAGAUACUGGUACCUAUCAGAAACAUGUUUCCUGUUAAUGGAUCAAAUAAAAUAAAACUUUUGGGUUUCUGUGUAUCUUUCCAAUGUUCUUUUCAAGCCUCGUUCUCAGAACUAACUCCAAUUAUGACGUCACGCCAAAAACAGCCUGUGUGAUUCAGUCGUUCCUGAUAGAAACAAUUUUUUUCAUUGGAGAGAAUCUAACUUUUGUCCAAGCCUUUAGGAAACCCUACUGAGCCACGGCCCUCCUCUGAUACUGUAGUAAAAACCUACUGUAACUCAUCCUGAAGGGACGGUAGAACGGCGAGGGCACAGCUGGGGUGCUUUGUAGUCGGCAGGAGCACUGGUAUUUAUCUUCCCUUUACAAGUGCCUGUUUACCCUUUAGUCAGCGCCCCACCACCCCACUCCCUCCAGUGGGGUGGUGGGGCGCUGACUAAAGGGUAAACGGGCAUUUGUUAGGCUAAGCUAAUAUGAGAAGCCAUUGGUAUGCUAAGUUAGGCUAAGCUAGGCUAAACUAAAGUAAGUAGGGGGAGUGAGUGGACCCUAAUCUGUGUAAGGUCUGUCAGCGCAUCAGCGAUAUUGACGGCUCCCAACGCUCUAUUAGCAGGAACAGCUGUCCUCCCUUCCGUGUGUAUGUGUGUAUGCAUGCAUGGUGUGUAUGUGUGUGCGUGCGUGCAUGCACUUGUGUGCGUGCAUUUAAUUUAUGUACAUUUACUAUAACUCCUUGUUUAAUCUCUCUGAUGUAUCGGCUUGGACAGCUGACUGAAUGUAUGUGUUGCUGUGUUCCUGGAAUGUGACAGCUCCAUGAGAGGGAGGGAGAGCGAGCGAGCGAGAGAGUGAGCGAGUGAGUGAGCGAGUGAGUGAGUGAGUGAGUGAGUGAGAGAGAGAGAGAGAGAGAGAGAGAGAGAUAGAGAGAUAGAGAGAGAUAUAGAGAGAGAGAGAGAGAGAGAGGAAGGGGGCAGAGAGGGAGACAGAAAGAGAGAGAGAGGGGAGUGGGAGAGGGAGGGGGAAGGGGGGCAGAGAGGGAAACAGAAAGAGAGAGAGAGGAGCAUGAUAGGGAGAUAAAUAGGAAAGAGAGCGAGUAGUAUGAUAGGGAGAUAAAUAGGAAAGAGAGAGAGUAGUAUGAUAGGGAGAUAAAUAGGAAAGAGAGAGAGUAGUAUGAUAGGGAGAUAAAUAGGAAAGAGAGAGAGUAGUAUGAUAGGGAGAUAAAUAGGAAAGAGAGAGAGUAGUAUGAUAGGGAGAUAAAUAGGAAAGAGAGAGAGUAGUAUGAUAGGGAGAUAAAUAGGAAAGAGAGAGAGGAGUGUGAUAGGGAGAUAAAUAGGGAAGAGAGAGAGUAGUAUGAUAGGGAGAUAAAUAGGAAAGAGAGAGAGUAGUAUGAUAGGGAGAUAAAUAGGAAAGAGAGAGAGUAGUAUGAUAGGGAGAUAAAUAGGAAAGUGAGAGAGUAGUAUGAUAGGGAGAUAAAUAGGAAAGUGAGAGAGUAGUAUGAUUGGGAGAUAAAUAGGAAAGAGAGAGAGUAGUAUGAUAGGGAGAUAAAUAGUAAAGAGAGAGAGUAGUAUGGUAGGGAGAUAAAUAGGAAAGAGAGAGAGUAGUAUGAUAGGGAGAUAAAUAGGAAAGAGAGAGAGUAGUAUGAUAGGGAGAUAAAUAGGAAAGAGAGAGAGUAGUAUGAUAGGGAGAUAAAUAGGAAAGAGAGAGAGUAGUAUGAUAGGGAGAUAAAUAGAGGUAAAUAAGGGCAACACAGGAACAUUUAAUCCACCACAGAUUAAACUGUUGCAUUGCAGAGCAGAAUACUACAUUCUUAUCGGUUGACUCAUAGGAUUACUGUUUUGGGUCUAAUUUGAUGAUUGGAUUAUUUCUCAAUCAGUACCAUAAUCAUUUGUUUGAUUAGAAACAGAUCAAAUGGCAAGCGUAAAGCUAGUCUUGCUAUGAGCCUUCUAAAAUGAAUAUUUGUAUGUGUAUGUGUAUGUGUGUGUGUGUGUGUGUGUGUGUGUGUGUCAGAGGAGGCUGGUGGGAGGAGCUAUAGGAGGAUAGGCUCAUUGUAAUGGCUGGAAUGGAAUCAGUGGAAUGGUACCAAACACAUCAAACAUACGGAAACAACAUGUUUGACUCCGUUCCAUUGAUUUCGUUCCAGCCAUUACAAUGAGCCUGUCCUCCUAUAGCUCCUACCACCAGCUUCCUCUGGUGUGUGUGUGUGUGUGUGUGUGUGUGUGUGUGUGUGAGAGAGAGAGCGAGAGAGAGAGAGAGAAAGAGAGGGUCCAUCUUCUUUGUGUAAGGAGUGCGUGAUGAGGGUGUGUGUUUUGAUCCAGAGCAGCACAUAUUUAGACAGCUGAUUCAUACCAUCGGCAUCUGCAGCUCCCCAGCUCUGUUCUGCUCUCUCACCUCCACUACCAUCACUCCACCCUAACUCCCAUUCCACCUCCCUCUCUCCUACUCCCCCUACACUCCUCCCUCCACCCUAACUACAAACCCACUUCCCUCUCUCCUACUUCCCCUCCACCCUAACUCCCACCCCUCCACACCACUGCCAACCCCACCUAGCUCUCCCUGUAUGUUACAAACCACGUUUCCCUAAGGGACGAUAAAGUAUGCUGUUCUCUUGUCUAUUUUCACACACACACCUCCAAAUAGUCUACAAAUUGAAUGCUCAAAAAAGCAAGUAUCUGUGUACUGUAUCUAGUAUUCAUGUAUCCAAAGUACCAGAAACAUUGAUAGCAUACAUGAUGUGUGUAUGUGUGUGUUGGAGGCUCUAAGAGAAGUAGUACAGAAAACAGAAUACUUUGUGGUUGGUGUUUUUAAUGAAGAUGAAUAGGAUAUGUCACACUUGGCAAUCAGCUAAUGUUUUGAGUUACAGUGCCUUGCAAAAGUAUUCAUCCCCUUUGGCGUUUUUCCUAUUUUGUUGCAUUACAACCUGUAAUUUUAAUGGAUUUUUAUUUGGAUUUCAUGUAAUGGACAUACACAACAUAGUCCAAAUUGGUGAAGUGAAAUUUUAAAAAAUAACUUGUUUCAAAAAAUUCUAAAAAAUUAAUAACGGAAAAGUGGUGCGUGCAUCAGUGGGGAGAACAAGUAUUUGAUACACUGCCGAUUUUGCAGGUUUUCCUACUUACAAAGCAUGUAGAGGUCUGUAAUUUUUAUCAUAUGUACACUUCAACUGUGAGAGACGAAAUCUAAAACAAAAAUCCAGAAAAUCACAUUGUAUGAUUUUUAAGUAAUUAAUUUGCAUUUUAUUGCAUAACAUAAGUAUUUGAUCACCUACCAACCAGUAAGAAUUCCGGCUCUCACAGACCUGUUAGUUUUUCUUUAAGAAGUCCUCCUGUUCUCCACUCAUUACCUAUAUUAACUGCACCUGUUUGAACUCGUUACCUGUAUAAAAGACACCUGUCCACACACUCAAUCAAACAGACUCCAACCUCUCCACAAUGGCUAAGACCAGAGAGCUGUGUAAGGACAUUAGGGAUAAAAUUGUAGACCUGCACAAGGCUGGGAUGGGCUACAGGACAAUAGGCAAGCAGCUUGGUGAGAAGGCAACAACUGUUGGCGCAAUUAUUAGAAAAUGGAAGAAGUUCAAGAUGACGGUCAAUCACACUGGGUCUGGGGCCCCAUGCAAGAUCUCACCUCGUGGGGCAUCAAUGAUCAUGAGGAAGGUGAGGGAUCAGCCCAGAACUACAUGGCAGGACCUGGUUAAUGACCUGAAGAGAGCUGUGACCACAGUCUCAAAGAAAACCAUUAGUAACACACUACGCCGUCAUGGAUUAAAAUCCUGCAGCGCACGCAAGGUCCCCCUGCUCAAGCCAGCGCAUGUCCAGGCCCGUCUGAAGUUUGCCAAUGACCAUCUGGAUGAUCCAGAGGAGGAAUGGGAGAAGGUCAUGUGGUCUGAUGAGACAAAAAUAGAGCUCGCCGUGUUUGGAGGAAGAUGAAGGAUGAGUACAACCCCAAGAACACCAUCCCAACCGUGAAGCAUGGAGGUGGAAACAUCAUUCUUUGGGAAUGCUUUUCUGCAAAGGGGACAGGACGACUGCACCGUAUUGAGGGGAGGAUGGAUGGGGCCAUGUAUCGCGAGAUCUUGGCCAACAACCUCCUUCCCUCAGUAAGAGCAUUGAAGAUGGGUCGUGGCUGGGUCUUCCAGCAUGACAACGACCCGAAACACACAGCCAGGGCAACUAAGGAGUGGCUCCGUAAGAAGCAUCUCAAGGUCCUGGAGUGGCCUAGCCAGUCUCCAGACCUGAACCCAAUAGAAAAUCUUCGGAGGGAGCUGAAAGUCCGUAUUGCCCAGCGACAGCCCCGGAGCCUGAAGGAUCUGGAGAAGGUCUGUAUGGAGGAGUGGGCCAAAAUCCCUGCUGCAGUGUGUGCAAACCUGGUCAAGACCUACAGGAAACGUAUGAUCUCUGUAAUUGCAAACAAAGGUUUCUGUACCAAAUAUUAAGUUCUGCUUUUCUGAUGUAUCAAAUACUUAUGUCAUGCAAUAACAUGCUAAUUAAUUACUUAAAAAUCAUACAAUGAUUACAGACCUCUACAUGCUUUGUAAGUAGGAAAACCUGCAAAAUCGGCAGUGUAUCAAAUACUUGUUCUCCCCACUGUAUGUAUUCACCCCCUUUGCUAUGAAGCCCCUAAAUAAGAUCUGGUGCAACCAAUUACCUUCAGAAGUCACAUAAGUAGUUAAAUAAAGUCCACCUAUGUGCAAUCUUAGUGUCACAUGGUCUGUCACAUGAUCUCAGUAUAUAUACACCUGUUCUGAAAGGCCCAAGAGUCUGCAACACCACUAAGCAAGGGGCACCAGCAAGCAAGCGGCACCACAAAGACCAAGGAGCUCUCCAAACAGGUCAGGGACAAAGUUGUGGAGAAGUAAAGAUCAGGGUUGGGUUAUAAAAAACUAUCUGAAACUUUGAACAUCCCACCAUUAAAUCCAUUAUUAAAAAAUGGAAAGAAUAUGGCACCACAACAAACCUGCCAAGAGAGAGCUGCAAAGCUCCACAGCGGAGAUUGGAGUAUCUGUCCAUAGGACCACUUUAAGCCGUACACUCCACAGAGCUGGGCUUUACGGAAGAGAGGCCAGAAAAAAGCCAUUGCUUAAAGAACAAAAUUAGCAAACACGUUUGGUGUUUGCCAAAAGGCAUGUGGGAGACUCCCCAAACAUAUGGAAGAAGGUACUCUGGUCAGAUGAGACUAAAAUUGAGCUUUUUGGCCAUCAAGGAAAACGCUAUGUCUGCCGCAAACCCAACAUCUCUCAUCACCCCAAGAACACCAUCCCCACAGUGAAGCAUGGUGGUGGCAGCAUCAUGCUGUGGGGAUGUUUUUCAUCGGCAGGGACUGGGAAAUUGGUCAGAAUUGAAGGAAUGAUGGUUGGCGCUAAAUACAGGGAAAUUCUUGAGGGAAACCUGUUUCAGUCUUCCAGAGAUUUGAGACUGGGACGGAGGUUCACCUUCCAGCAGAACAAUGACCCUAAGCAUACUGCUAAAGCAACACUCGAGUGGUUUAAGGGGAAACAUUUAAAUGUCUUGGAAUGGCUUAGUCAAAGCCCAGACCUCAAUCCAAUUGAGAAUCUGUGGUAUGACUUAAAGAUUGCUGUACACCAGCGGAACCUAUCCAACUUGAAGGAGCUGGAGCAGUUUUGCCUUGAAGAAUGGGCAAAAAUCCCAGUGGCUAGAUGUACCAAGCUUAUAGAGACAUACCCCAAGAGACUUGCAGCUGUAAUUGCUGCAAAAGGUGGCUCUACAAAGUAUUGACUUUGGGGGGGUGAAUAGUUAUGCACGCUCAAGUUUUCAGUUUUUUUGUCUUAUUUCUUGUUUUGUUUACCCCCAAAAAUAUUUUGCAUCUUCAAAGUGGUAGGCAUGUUGUGUAAAUCAAAUGAUACAAAAAAUCAAUUGUAAUUCCAGGUUGUAAGGCAACAAAAUAGGAAAAAUGCCAAGUGGGGUGAAUACUUUCGGAAGAAUAGGCAUCUUCCUAUUCAAAAUCCUAUUUUCCCUAACCCUAACCCUUACCCUAAACCUAACCUUAACCCCUAACGCUAACCCUAAUUGUAACCCUAACCCUAAACCUAACCCCUUAGCCUAAAAUAGCUAAAUGUCCCCACUUGUCUGAAUUGUCCUUGUUUUACUAUCCUUGUGAGGACUUCUGGUCCCCACAAGGAUAGUAAAACCAAAAACACACACACACAGACCAUCCGCUGUAAUGAGUAAACACAUAUACCUGUAAUUAAUUAUUCCCAGUCAUUCAUGUUACAGCCAUAGGAAUACUUUGAGGUUUUCCAUUCCAUUCCCCUCCGAGGCAUUUCACUUUCCAUAAAGUGUAGUCUCUUCCCACACCCGCUGCGUCUAUCAACACAACGCAAGGGUGGAAUAGGACAUGUAGUAUAAAUACAAUACCGUAUAAAAUACAGUGGCCUACGUAUGCACUCAAGAACUCACAUGGACAUUUGUAGACACAAUCCAUUGCGAACUGUAACCAGCUUUUGCUACUGACUCCAUUCUUUCUGUCCAGGCCUGUUUAUGUACAGUUCUGUACGCUUGACUUAUGGUGACUCUGAAUGGGAUGAAAGUCACCACCGUUGCCAUGCCCCCCCAUUACUCUUUCCAAUAACAAUGGAGGAGAUUUCUGUUUAUGGAGAGAUUUAUGACCGUGUGUGUGUGUGUGUGUGUGUGUGUGUGUGUGUGUGUGUGUGUGUGUGUGUGUGUGUGUGUGUGUGUGUGUGUGCGCGUUUGUGUGUGUGUGUGUGUGUGUGUGUGUGUGUGUGGUUGUGUGUGUGUGUGUGCAUGAAUGUGCAGAUGUUUGAUCGGAGCCCCGGACAAAGUAUGUAGGAAAAGGAAAACAACCCUGACUUCUCACAAUGGCAAGCUGUAUCUUGCAGUGGCGGUGGAGGGUGUCUGUGAAAAGUGCUCAGAGUACUUGACACAGACCUGUUGGUAUCCCGGGUAACCCUAUAAGAGGCAUGGUUGCUACCAUAGCCAUGUAUAGCCCUGAGAUCGCCAUGGCUCAUGGCAUAUUUACAGCCUUGAACAUGCACAAAGACGAGCCAAAUUCCUAUAAGCAGAACAUCAAGCUAUUAUCGACUAAACAAUAAAUGUAUUGAUACGAGUCAAAUGACCGGCAUUACUGUUGAUCUGGUAUGGGCCUUCCAAGAGGGGGGAUGAAGAGGGAGAUGCAAAUUGGGACACAGAAGGCCCUCAACAAACCCUCUUGUCCAGAAAUGAAGCCAUCCUUCAGUCAGCUGGCACUUAAUUGGUACAGUGAAUUAACAAGCAAUAAUUUGCCACAACUGUCAACUGACACAUUUAAAGGGAUAGUUCACCCAAAUUACAAAAUUACUGACUAUUCAUUACCCAGUCUUUGGACAAUGUAAGACAGCAAUCCAUGCUUUGGUUUUGUUUACCUGGCAACUUCUUUUGGGGGGUGAACUAUCCCUUUAAACACAACCAUACCAUGACGACAUGGCAUGCCGAAAGCCACAAGAGAUAGAGUUUCGCAGGACAAAAAACUAAAAACAUUGGUUCAAAUCCAAGACAAACUAAACAGGAACCUGAUCCCAUAAAGGCCACUUCCUUCUCACAAUCAAACAAGUAUGUGAUAGUCGCUAUUUUUAGAUUGCAGCCCCCCCUCCCUCCCUCACCGACCCCUCUACCUCCCUUUCCCGUGGGUCCUACUAGUGGCAAGUCGAGUCGGAGUCGCCACUACGCCAGCUGUGUAGAUGUGUCCUCUGUUUUCCUGCGAUUCCGUCCGUUGACAAGCUCUCUGCCGAAUGUAUGAUGUCAUAUCGGAGAGGAUAAGCACGCUACCCUACCCGCCAAAGUCUCCCGAAAGAAAGAAACUUGCUAAAUGAAUGUUGAAUGUUAUACAUUUUGACUAGUAAGUGAGUUAAGAGAACCAAAGCAUUCCUGAGACCUUGCCUUAUAUGGCACUGUAGACUGGAGAGAGGUGAACAAAUGGAUUUGCCCUUUAUAAAAUAACAUGUCAAAGAUAGAAAGAUUUGAGUAUGAGAAUUUUUCUCAAGGCAGCUUCUAACAUGUAGAUUUUCAUCAUUGUGUUAUGAAUCACUGGUUUCAAUCUUGAAUUCAAAUGGGAAACAUUAUGGGCUUGUAAUAGUAAAAACAAUACAUUCGGCUUUAUGUGAGCAAUUUGGAUGGUGUGCAACACUAAAAAAGGUACAAUUAGGGGGCAUUUUGAAAGCACUGUCAAACACAAGUGACGGAGCCUGUGUGUGUGUGUGUGUGUGUGUGUGUGUGUGUGUGUGUGUGUGUGUGUGUGUGUGUGUGUGUGUGUGUGUGUGUGUGUGUGUGUGUGUGUGUGUGUGUGCGUGUGUGCGUGUGUGUGUGUGUAUCCAAAGAAGAAGGGGGCACUUCCUUUAACACUGUUCCUCUCCACACAACUUCCUACUGGGCACAGACGUCAGUUCAACGUUUAGUUUUGAUUUACAUUUUGUUGAGUUUUCAACUAACGUGAAUUCAACGUGAAAUCAACAAAAAAUGUCACCAUGUCAUUGGAUUUAGGUUAAUAGUUGGGUGAAAGCCACAAAAUGCCAAAUGCCCUUAAGUUGAUGACUUCUUGCAAAUCCAAUCAGUUUUCCACGUUGAUUCAACGUCAUCACAUUGAUUUUGGGGGUUGAAAUGACGUGGAAACAACGUUGAUUCAACCAGUUUUUGCCCAGUGGGUUGAGUCUGCACUCAGACAAAACAUAUAAGGACAACCCCUGCAUUCACUGUACUGUAUCAAGAAUACUAUGGCACUGCUAGCCAUCUCACAAACGUACCCUAGCAUGGCUCUGAGGUAUAAACUCACAUCAUGUUGUUGUUUUAUAUUCUUAUACACAGUGAUGUCAGUUCUUUAUGACAGAGGUUUUACUUGUGACACUCCAGUGGUUGUUUGUUUCACUUUGGUUGGUUGAAUGGACUUACUGUUGGUCUGCAUCUGUGAAAUUAUUAAACUGUAACAUUUAUUAGCCCUGGAGUGUUUUGAAGAUUCAUAUUUACAGCCUUACAUCUUGAACAAGCACAAAGACGAGCCUAUUUGCGAUAUCUAAUAAACAAAUUCCUGUAAGCAGAACAUCAAAUAUGAAAUCAUGUGAUCAGAUUAGUGCAUUUUUUUAAUUUAGGGCGUUUGUGAAAAGGAAUCAUAGGUCUGACUCACUGAGAAAUCUUUAAGACUGUUUCUGGAAAAAUAGCAAGCUAUUAUUCGAAAUUGAACGGCUUAGCAUUGCACUACCGCAGUACAGGCCCACUGCACUGACUAUAACUAAAUCACCCUACAAAGCCAUAGGAGAACAGCUGACACUAGGUAGUCAGAGCAGACCUUUUCUGAGGGGAGAAAAAUAGGGGAGUCCGUAAGGGUGUGCUGCUUAUCUUUUAGGAGUCAGGGGUCAGCUAGUGUUGGCCAGGCAUGGGCUUACUGUAGCUCAUAAAGGAACUGUGUAGUGAGAGUGUACUUGUCCCUAAAGGGAACUUAUCUUUGUGUUCAGUGAGACCUCACUGAAGACCUUUCAAUUCAGUCAAUUGAUGAAGUAAACCAAAAUUCCAAUGUUCCUCAUUGAAAAGCAUUACUUCAUGUCCUUUGUACCAUAUGUUCACUGAGUUACUCAGUUUUCCUUAUGACAUGACAUAGUGUGUCUACUGCUCCACCUUCAGAAACCAUUCAAGGAAGGUGUGGAAAAGUCAACAGCAACAACAUAGUGGAGUCAAAGUGCACUUAUCUCAAAGAGAACCGCAUAGGGGAGUCAGAGUGUACUCAUCCCAGUAGGAAUAACAUAGGGGAGGCAGUGAAUGUGUUGCUAUGGCCGGUUUGUGAUCACAGGGCAGAGGAGGAGAGAUGUCUCAACAACAGAGCUUGUGAUUCAUCGAGCUCCGCUCCCCCUGAGGGACCUCUGGCAUGCCAUAACUUUAUAUAGCAAUCUCUCCUCUCCUCUCCUUCUGUGACUCCGACUUUCUCUCUCUCUCUCUCCUUUUCUCUCUCUCGCUCGAUCUUUCUCUCCUACACACUGUAUUUAUCUCUCUCUCUUUCCAAUUUUCUUUCUCUCUCUUUCUUAAUUUUCUCUCUCUCAUUCUUUCUUUCAUUCUCUAUUUUCUCUCUUUCGUUCUUUCUUUUGUUUUCUUUCUCUCUCCCUCCUUAUUUCUCUAUUUUCUCUCUCGCGCUUUUUUCUUUUUUCUCUCUCUCAAUUUUCUUUCUCUCUCUAUUUUCUCUAUAUUGUCUCUCUAUUUUCUCUCUAUUUCGCUCUUUUUCUCACUUUGUCUACUCUCUCUCUCUCUCUCUCUCUCUCUCUCUCUCUCUCUCUCUCUCUCACUCACACUCUCAUUUUCACUCACUCUCCCUCUCACUCACUCACUCACUCUAAGGGCCAGGGGAAAAUCAGAAUGGAAAAAAGGAGCAGCCAUUCUCCCCCAGAGGCUCUGUCACUGUUUGCCCAUCACAUGCUUUCCCCCCCACACACACCCCUUAGGCACAGAUCCAGGAUCAGCCUCCCCUCCCCCAAUUGUAACUUUAACCAUUAGUGGGGGAACACACAACUGACCUUAGAUCAGCAUCCCAGACCAGGCCUAAUACGAUCUACAGUCAGUGGUUUGCUUUGGAAUGUAGUGCAAUUCAUUCUCACGUUAGUCCAGUGAAGGAUUUCUAUUUCAAGGCAGGAAGUUUGUUUCAUCUAAGGCUGCGUCCCAAAUGGCACCCUAAUCCCUACAUAGUGCACUACCUUUGACCAGGGCUCAAAGGGACUUACAUUUAAGGGCAUGAAAUUAUUCCUAAAAGGUAUAUUUGGUUUCUUUCUGCUUCUGUGCUAAAGAGCGACAUUUUCGUGAUGCAUAAAAGUUCAAAUGUGUGCAAAAAAUAAUGUAAAACUGAUUUUGCACCAUGAAAACGGAAAAGGAGGAGGACAGAGAGGGAGUGUUGGUGAGAGAGGGAUUCCUCUGUAGUCGGGCAGACACACACACACACUCACACACACAGUAAAAGAGCUGUACACAUGGCAGUGAUGAGUGGUUAUACUGUGAUUUGGGUAUUGGGGCUGGGCUGGGCUGGAGGAAAGCUUCCAUGGUGAGCCUCACCCGGGUCCUCAAGCCUUGCCGCGGUCAAACGAGGUCCUCUGACACAUGCCUGUUUGUAAAGUGGAAUUUAUUUUUCCUGCUGAGGUUGGAACGUGGAAAUACUGACAAAGCAUAGACUCAGGGACAGGCAGAUACUCCCUGUCGGUAUUCGAUAGAACGUAGCCCCGCCCGCAUUGGGGGAAAACAACCCAUGGUUACCUUGGUUACCUAAUUGCCUCACAGCAAAAACUUUACAUUUUUCAAAUGCAAUUUUCUUGUUGUUUGCUUGUUUUAGUCAAUUACAAAACUACAAAUAUUACUUUUCAACAUUGCCUGCUGCCGAGCGUUCUCAAUGCUUAGAAAAACGUAAUAUUGUAGGGCGUCCCUCAUGCACCUUUUCAUAAUGGCGCUAGCAGCCACGUGAGUGAGUGCUAGCUAGCUAGCUACCAACUAAAACAUUAAGCUAGCCAAGACCAACAAUACAAACAGACUAUACAGCUACAAGUAGUGACUGGAGUUACAAACUGACUAUACUAAACAAGUUAAAUGUCUUACCUGUGAUUAAAUGUUUUCCACACACAUAGCUAUGAGUAGUCUACUUGGGUACCGGAUCCCCACAUUUCCCUCUCUCCCACGCCGAAUAGCAUGAAGCCACUGGGCUCUUCUCGCAGGCUCCAUUUCCCUACAUGGGAGCAUUGUGAACCGUAGGUCUGAUCUGGUUACAUGUAAUAAUAAUAUGCGAUUUAGCAGACGCUUUUAUCCAAAGCGACUUACAGUCAUGUGUGCAUACAUUUUUACGUAUGGGUGGUCCCGGGGAUCAAACCCACUACCCUGGCGUUACAAGCGCCAUGCUCUACCAAUUGCGCUACAGAGGACCACGUACAUUCAACAAAAGCAGCUCUUCAGCAUGUUUUGUUAUUGCUGUAUAACAAAAAAUGUACGAAGAAGUUGGCUCUUUUACAAUGGGGAUCAAUGUUAAAGAAUGUUUGUUUUCCCCAAUUUAUGGGCGUGGUCAAGGGAAAUUCCUUAUUAUGACGUGAAUAUCGACUCGGAAUAUACACGUAGUAAAGUAUAGUGGUAAUGGUGAUGGUAAGGAUAAGGAAAUUAAUAUUACAAUUACAAUAUGAAGGACGAUUGUCUAGGAACAUUUAUUGCACCUACCUAUAUCAUUUUUGCACAUGCAUUACACUUGCACGUCCCACCACCAAAUCAUUCCACAAGGCAGAAAAACAGGCCAAAAGCAGAAUAGGGCUGUGGAUACUGGACAGCCAGAGAAAGAGAGAGGCAAGAAAGGGAGGAGGGGGGGGGGGGGGGGGGGGGGGGGGGGAGAGAGACAGAGAGACAGACAGACAGACAGAGAGAGAGAGAGGGGGGGGGGAGGGGGGGGGGGACACGUAGGCUUGUUAGUGAAAGAGUGGGACUUUUUUGUGCUGACUGUACGGGGCUGCAGCCAGCUGAUCUCAGCAUAUGAGCCCCCCACCCCUCCCACCCCCUCCCAGUCCCCAUACCCCCCACCCCCACCGGAACACAAUGACAAAGCAUGCAGACAACAGUUCAACAUGGGUCGCCUGUUUUGACUUUGCUAGCCUAGCCAGCCCCCACUGUUUGUGCUGUUUGCAGCAAAGUAGAGAAAUGUUUAACAAAAGAGACAUUUGGGUGUGUUAGUGUUGGUAGUCAUAGGUGGAUAGUCACAUUUCUUUCUACAUACUGUAAAUAGUCUUUCUACAUACUCUCGUUUAUAAUGUCUGUACUCAUCUGGAGAUGACAUAACCUGGUUAAACCAGACUGAACGUUACGCUCAUUAUUGUUUCACUUGAGCUUAACAUUCAGUAUGUACACUGGAGUGCAAUGUGUGGUGUUGAAUUAUUGUGGAUAGACUGGCCUCACACACACACACACACACACACACACACACACACACACACACACACACACACACACACACACACACACACACACACACACAGACACUCUUAGUGGGUGGCAGAGGCACUCAGUGAGUGUGAGUCUAACUGCACUGUAAACACCUUUAAGACAGAUUACUUUUCCACAGGCCAUGUCUCAGAGCUAAUGCACCACUCUCUCCAUGACUAAGACUAAGUGAAAGAAGGAGAGAGGGAGGGAGGGAGGAAAGAGAGGGGGAGGGAGGAAAGAGAGGGUAAUAGAGAGACAGAGAAGAAGAGAGGGAAAGAGGAAUGAGAGAUGGAGAGAGAGAGAGAGAGAGAGAGAGAGGAGAGAGAGAGAGAGAGAGAGAGAGAGAGAGAGAGAGAGAGAGAGAGAGAGAGAAAGAAAUAUAGAGAUAAAGAGAGAGGGAGACAUCGAAGAGAAAAGAGAGAAAGUAGAGAGAAAUAAGGAGAGAGAGGAGAAGGAAAGAGAGAGAAAAAUAGACUGUAUUCACCACUGCGGUCCCAGCAAACGAAGCAGCGGCUUGGAGGGAGUUUAUCUGUGGUGGUUGCUAAGGACAACAGAGGAGUGUGUGUAUACACUGUAGCUGUGUAUCAGUGGUGGUAGAAUGGAACGCAGAAGUAACCAAUGGAAUCUGGAGCAGAGGAGGGGAGGUCUGAAAUCAUCGAAAAACUAUAAGCAGAUACACAAACACAUUACCCCCGCCCCCCACCACCCUACAUGCACAGACACACCACACCCUGCCUUGACUGACACCAAGCAGCACAAGAUUAAGAUUGCAGCCAAUGUAAUGAUGAAACACAAAUCAUAGACUACACCCAACACUACAGGACACAUUUAACCCUGGCACAGAGUGUUUUGCAAUGCCUGCCAUUUGUAAUUGAUGGGUAAAGUUCAAAUCAAAUAUGGCGAUAAUACUGUAGGUAUUGGGCAAGUUUUCCUUUGCAACAUUUAGACACUUCCACACACACAGAUGUCAAAUCAAAUCAAAUCAAAUUGUAUUUCUCACAUACACAUGUUUAGCAGAUGUUAUAGCGGGUGUAGGGAAAUGCUUGUGCUUCUAGCUCUGACAGUGCAGUAAUAUCUAACAAUUUCACAACAUAUACCCAAUACACACAAAUCUAGUAAGGAAUGGGAUUUAAGAAUAUAUACAUAUUUGGACAAGCAAUGACAGAGCGGCAUGGACUAAGAUACAGAAGAAUAUUAUAGAAUAGAAUGCAGUAUAUAAAUAUGAGAUGAGUACUGCAAGAUAUGUAAACAUUAUUAAAGUGACUAGUGUUCCAUUUCUUAAAGUGGCCAGUGAUUUCAAUAGGCAGCAGCAGCCUCUAAUGUGCUAGUGAUGGCUAUUUAACAGUCUGAUGGCCUUAAGAUAGAAGCUGUUUUUCAUUCUCUCGGUCCCAGCUUGUGGUCCUCUGUAGCUCAAUUGGUAAAGCAUGGUGCUUGUAACGCCAGGGUAGUGGGUUCGAUUCCCAGGACCACCCAUAUGUAAAAAUGUAUGCGAACAUGACUGUAAGUCGCUUUGGAUAAAAGCGUCUGCUAAAUGGCAUAUUAUUAUUAUGCACCUGUACUGACCUCGCCUUCUGGAUGAUAGCAGGGUGAACAGGCCGUGGCUCGGGUGGUUGAUGUCCUUGAUUAUCUUUUUGGCCUUCCUGUGACAUCGGGUGCUGUAUGUGUCUUGGAGGGCUGGUAGUUUGCCCCCGGUAAUGUAUUCGGCAGACCGCACCACCCUCUGGAGAGCCCUGCGGUUGUGGGCGGUGCAGUUGCCGUACCAGGCGGUGAUACAGCCCGACAGGAUGCUCUCAAUUGUGCAUCUGUAAAAGUUUGUGAGGGUUUUAGGUGAUAAGCCACAUUUCUUCAGCCUCCUGAGGUUGAAGAGGCUCUGUUGCACCUUCUUCACCACACUGUCUGCGUGGGUGGAACAUGUAAGUUUGUCGGUGAUGUGUACGCCAAGGAAUUUGAAGCUUUCCACCUUCUCCACUGCGGUCCCGUCGAUGGUCGAUGUGGAUAGGGGGGUGCACCCUCUGCUGUUUCCUGAAGUCCACGAUCAUCUCCUCACAUGCUCACGCUCACACACAGGCAUGUAUACCCCCCCCCCCCCCCCCCCCCCCCCACACACACACACACAAAAUCCCCCCCCCCCCCCCCCCCCCCUCCCCCUUGUCAUUUACCUUCCUGCCUCUCUCUCUAUCGGUCUCCCCCUCGUCGGCCUGAGAGAACAAUGUCCUAUUAAAUCAGAAGGGGUCAGGAUAUCAGUCACGCCAAGGUGAAUGCCUGGCUUCCUGUCACACUCCGGUUGUAGCCCUAAUGGCACCCUAUUCCCUAUAAAGUGCACUACCUUUGACCAGUCAAAAGUGGUGCACUUCAUAGGGAAUAGGGUGCCAUUUGGGACACAGCCCCACUUUAUUUCCAUGUACACACUUCCCUCCGUUACACCCGCCCGUUUUGGCUCCUCAAGAAGCCUUAUAUAAGUGCCUUGACCUCUGAACUUCCGUUCUUUGAAGUUGCAUACUGACAGAUUGGAGGUCUCCCAAGCCAGGCCGGGCAGAGGUAUUCACUGUAGGGAGGCAGAUUAAAGUCGAGAAAGGGCACAUAUGUCCAGUUUUUACCAUCCAAAAUCUAAAACUCGAUAGAUUAGUCAUAUUUGUAUUCGGAGGGUUACUUUCACACAAGGGGGGUGGGGGGUGGGGAGAGGGAUUUGGGUAGGUGUGCUGUGGAACUUGUAGACUUGUGCAACUCAGGAGGCUGCUGAGGGGAUAACGGCUCAUAAUAAUGGCCGGAAUGGCGCAAAUGGAAUGACAUCAAACACCUGGAAACCAUGGAAACCAUGUGUUUGCUGUAUUUGUUACCCAUCCACUAAUUCCACUCCAGUUAUUGCCAUGAGCCCGUUCUCCCCAAUUAAGGUGCCACCAACCUCCUGUGCUGUGUACGUACGUGCCUGGUGGUCUCAUGCAGAUUUGAUCAGUACGGUAGGAGUAAAUGGGCUUUGAAAUAAGAAAAGGUUGAGGAAGUUGAGUCAUUACAUAGGCCUGCAAUGAAAAAGGCUGUUGUGACAGACUGUUAAAGCCUGCGCUAAGAGCACAUUAGCCUUACAUUUCAUCAAAAUUGUCCCCGGGUGGAACAAAUAUGAUUGGUCUACUGGGGUCAGAACAAAUCUGAUUGGUUCGGUUGUUGACUUGGCUGCUAGGCUUGGGCAAUAUACCAUCUAUACCGUAUACCAGGGUAUUUCGAAAUACCAACGGUAUGAUUUAUACCGUUUUAAAACAAACAACAGAGACAUUACAGCAGAGACAUUCAAUCCCCUCCUGGAUCAAGAUCCCUGUUGCCUAAAUUGUUUUGUGCGUAAAAAAAAAACGGCCCAAAAAUGUUUGUCCCUUGUGUCCACAUUCGGUAAUAACGUAUACCCCAGUAUGGUACAGAAAUGGUAUGACGGUAUGAAAAUCUGGAUACCGCCCAACCCUAUUGGCUGCUCGUUAAACCACGCCCUGCGACCUUUUCGCCAGAACCAAUAGGAAUCGUUCUGCCCUACAGAACAACGUUGAUAACAUACAAGUCUAGGAAAUUGUUUCACGAAAACCCAUGUUAUGCUUGUGAUGUAAAUCAAUGUAAGACUCUCUUCCUGGCAGCAUCCCAAAUGGCACCAUAUUCCCUUUUAACCAAAGCCCUAUGAGCCCUGGUCAUAAGUAAUUCACUACAUAGGGAAUAGGGUGCCAUUUGGAACACAACCCCUGUGUACUAUUAAGGAAAUAAGGUCAAGGUUGAGUUUACCCUCGACACCACUAGAACACAAUGCAUGACCAAAAGUAUAACCCCAGUCACAGAACAAUGAAACACAAUAGGGAGUUCUCCUCUCCCACCUGCUUUGACACUCCAGUUGUUUUUUUCCAAUAGCGAUGCGAGCACAUGGUUUUCCAGACGGCCGUAAAAGCAUCAUCACCUUUGUGCUUAUCAAAAUAGCCGGCGGUGUCUCCCUCGUUUAACUCAGCCAAGAGAUAUUUCUUGGCCCCCCCACUCAGAGCCCCUUUGUUAAUGCCUUUUACUGUUCCUGUUUUCUUAAGGGUGGAGGGGGGGGGGGACAAUACACAAUUUUAGCUGGAGACACAUAGGAGCCAUUUGGCAGUGUAAGCGAGUGACUCAGGGAGAUUGCCGUGAUGGAAAAAAAGAACAUGUAUUUUCCAUUAACAAGCCGGUGCAUUGUACACGGGUUGGCGGAACACAGGAACACACGCACACGGGAAAAGAGCGAGGGGCUUGCGAGCCUGGAAUGCGAGGAGGAGGAAGAGGGAGAGGCGGGCUAGGCCGGUGAGAAGGGGUGGGUGGGAAAGGGGAAGGGUAGGAAUGAGGAAACGACAACAAAGACUUGAGACGUGUUCAGCCUGUGCUGUUCAGAAACACUCUGAGGCAGGUCAAGACAUCAGGUGUUUUUGAGAAGCAGCUAUCUUGGUGGGUUAGAUCAUGUGGAAUAUGAAAAUCAAUGGCCUCAUCCAUUAGGUUAGACUAAUGGAUUACUUUCUAUCCAUCCUAAUGUCAAUAAGGCAUUAACACCAGUGGAACCUGUCCUUUGUAAAUGUGGACAAAUUAAACAUUUGUCAAAGAGCAUCCUUCAAGUUUUAAAGAGUGUACUUCAUUCCUCAUUGGAAACAGUUGGUCUGCACAGGGGAAUUAUACACAAAUGUUUCGGUUGAAAGCUGUCUUCAGUGUCUAGGUUCCCCAGUUCCAGCCAGGUGAUGUGAUGCAGUGAGGUUUGGUUAGGAGAGGGUGUCUGACUCUGAACAUGUGGCAGCCUGCAGGUAGAUACAGAGCUCAGAGGCCUUGGAAUCACCAUGUUCCUGACAGGAAAGAGCCUGGAGGUCUCUCCACCCCUCCAGAGCUAGCCAGCCAGUGUGCAUGUGUGUGCACAAACAUUUAAAAGUGUGUGUGUGUGUGUGUGAUCAUUUCAAAAUGUGUGUGUGUGUACAUUAAAAAAUGUGUGUGUGUGCAGUGCAAAGGAGGUGAGGAACAUGACUCACCAGCAUCAGGAGUACAGGCGUUAAACAAUAGAGUCAUUAAGCCUAGAGGUACACUGAUUGCUUCUGGCAAGGCUGGGAUCCAUCAGAAAGCUUGGACGUUGAAGGUUACUUAUUUUUUUCAUGCCAUAGGGAGACGCGACAGUGGAAAAUGUAAUGGUCUUGUAGAGGAGUGGAAAUAUGGAAACGGGGGGAGGGGGGGGGGGGGGGGGUUGUUAUGAGGUGGAGAACUGGGAGAGGAGAGAUGUUCGGGAUCUCAGGGUUUCCUCACACAGGCGUGUACACACACACACUCUCUCUGUUUCUCAUACACACACACACACACACACACAAACAGACACAUGCACACACACAAAGGUUGUUUUACUGGUACAAACACAGAGCAAGGGUUCUCAUGUGGGAUUCUCAUGUCAACCUUUUUUAAGAUGUACUAUUCCUGUUGCUUUGAAGUUCAAAGCAACAGGAAGUUGCUCAUGAAUGUAAUCAAAGAAAGGGUAGUGUUUACGAUACAAAUGUGUAACUUCAGAUACCCAUUCCCUGCAUAAUUUGACUUUUAACUAUUAUUGUCAAUAAGAUAUUUGUAGGGGGGUAGGGGGAUUGCCCAAUACAAAGAAAACAUAUUUAUUGUUCCAAAAACAUAUUAUCUGACCUAUAGAGCAUGUCUAUCAUCUGUUUUAACCGCUUCAUGUCUCCUCUUGUCUGCAGGACGAGGUGAAGAUUCCCUCUAAACUGACCGUGUCCAAGUCCAUGAAGCUCCCAGAGCUGGUGGAGGGAGGAAGAGGCAGCGUGCUGGACCUGAAAGAGGGAGUUGAGGAGCACGGAGAGGAGGGAGAAGAGAAGCCCCAUUUGGACCUCUCCUCUGACGAGGAGGAGCUGGAGAUCGAGGACGUCAUCGAGGAGUCGCGCACCGAACGCAUCAAGCGCAGCAGCCUCCAGCGCGUGCAAAACAUCAAAAGCGCCUUCUCCAAGGAGAAGAUGGGCUUGACCAAGGAGAAGAUGACCUUGACCAGGGAAAAGAUGGGCUUGACCAAGGAGAAGAUGGCCUUGACCAAGGAAAAGAUGGGCUUCAACAGGCAGAAAACCAAUAAGGAGAAUGUGGAGAAAAUCCCGAAGCCAAACGCCAAAGAGAACUUUGACAAGACCAAACAACACGCCAAAGAGAACUUUGACAAGACCAAAAAAAACGCCAAAGAGAACUUUGACAAGACCAAGCAGAAGACCAAAGAGAACCUGGAGAAGACGCGCCACAACAUCGAGAAGAAGAUGGGCAAGCUGGGCACACGCAUGAGUGUCAACCCCGAGCAGAAGGAGAAGAUAAAGGUGUCGCGGCAGAAGAUGAUGAAAUCCUUUACCCCCGACCACACCGUCUACGCCCGCGACAAGACCGCCGUCUACAAGGUGCCUCCCUUCACCUUCCAUGUCAAGAAGUUCCGCGAGGGCGCCAUGGAGCCCGUGGAGGUCCAGGGGACAGAGAUGGUGGAGGUAUCCCAGGACCUGAACCCUUUUCAGGGACUGGAGGAUGACUGCCAUGAGGGGCGUGUGGAUCUGGACGUGGACGUGGAUAUGAUGAAUGGAGGAGGAGAGGAGGAGGUGAUGGAGGAUGAAGAGGAAGAGGAAGAGGAAGAGGAAGAGGAGGACAGCCAUUCCCUGCAGGAGAUGCACGAGGACUCAGAGCAUGUUCUGGUGGAGCGGGAUAGGGACAGCGACUAG